AACGCCGUGAUGAUGUCGCCUUACGUGCGUCUACUUGUGCAGGUUUUGGCGUGGUUCUUCGCGGACGCAGCAGCGGCCUAUGUUAUUGCUGGACAACACUAUCAAUGGACCCCGAUGGAGAAUGCGCACCAGCCCUCGAAGGAACUCAACCACUGCGCAUCUAGAUCAACGCCAGUGGCGUCAACGAUGCUGUGCCACGUAGACUUCGUCGACUGCGCACCCCCGUGGAGCACGAUGACGUCCUCCUCCUCCCCGAUAGCAAGCUGCCCGGAGCAUAUAAAAGCAAGGGUCAUGGUCUCGACCUUCAGUGGACGCGGCAGCAACGCCGUGAUGAUGUCGCCUUACGUGCGUCUACUUGUGCAGGUUUUGGCGUGGUUCUUCGCGGACGCAGCAGCGGCCUAUGUUAUUGCUGGACAACACUAUCAAUGGACCCCGAUGGAGAAUGCGCACCAGCCCUCGAAGGAACUCAACCACUGCGCAUCUAGAUCAACGCCAGUGGCGUCAACGAUGCUGUGCCACGUAGACUUCGUCGACUGCGCACCCCCGUGGAGCACGAUGACGUCCUCCUCCUCCCCGAUAGCAAGCUGCCCGGAGCAUAUAAAAGCAAGGGUCAUGGUCUCGACCUUCAGUGGACGCGGCAGCAACGCCGUGAUGAUGUCGCCUUACGUGCGUCUACUUGUGCAGGUUGGUGAUCGAAAGUAUGGUUUUCGUAGUAACUGUACCUGCCUGAUUGUGCUGCCGUGUCCACACACUGUUCUUGGUUGCUUAAAUGACUGUGUUUCAGUUGUAAGCCUGUUACUGAAGUUGUCCGGUGACGUAGAGGAAAAUCCUGGGCCCGAGGUUGAAAAAAUGCUGGAGGAAAUAUUAAGUAACCAGACUAAACUACUAGCAAAAGUUAAUGAAAUUCAGGCCAAGCAGACAUCUACGGAUGCCAGCAUUUCCGACAUGCAUGUUAGGCUCCAGACUAUUGAAAAACAACUUGAAGGGUUGGGUGAAAUACAGAGCCGGCUUACAAUGAUAGAAUCAAGUGUUGGUCGCCAUGACAGUGAAUUGACGGCUCUUGCCAGGCAGAUCGAUGAUUUAGAUAAUCGUUCUAGACGCAACAACCUUUUAGUACGCGGAGUGGAAGAAGAUGAAUUUGAGGAUGAGGCAGUACUCUUAAGCAAGGUGAAUGACGAUAUCUUUGAAAAAUUACUUGGCUCAAAGUGUAGCUCCAUUGAGAGAAUUCACCGUCUAGGAAAGAAAAUACCUGGAAGAAGCCGUCCAGUCAUCUUGAAAGUAGGAGACUUCAGGGACAAAACCAAAAUACUGAAAAACUGCCGCAACCUCAAGGGGACACAAUUCAGUAUCAGCGAAGAUUACUCUAAACGAGUAGUUGAAAUCAGAAAACAACUAUGGAUUUCAUCAGCGGAUGAAAGAGCAAAGGGAGCAAAGGUUAAACUAAUCAUCGAUAAAUUGAAAGUAAACAACGUUCUCUAUGGCUGGAAUGAGGUUACCAACGAGCGAUUCAGGUAUGCUAGCCCAGGUAUUACCAGCUCUGACUGA